AUUCUCUCUCUUUUUUUAGAAACUAAGACUGUCAAUCCGAGAAAUGAGGUUAUCCCAGAAUUUCAGAUUGCUGAUAUCAGUGAUGAGUUAGAGACUUGCUGGCGUCAGCUGGGACCCAGGCUUAAGAUUACAGCAGCAAAGAUUAAAAACAUUGAUGAGGAGAACAAAGAUGACUGGACCAAAGCGAAUAAUCUUUUGAUCCUGUGGAAGCAGCAGGAAGGGUGUAAUGCUACAUUUGGUCAUCUGGCAGAUGUUUUAGAGAAGAUAGGAAGAAAAAGAAUUGCUGAAAAACUGCUUGGUAGGUUACUGAUUACAUUGAGUAUAUAUACUGAAAGCACAUAUUACAGAACAGUACUUGUCUUGUACAGGGACCAUGUCUAUCCCUUCAAGCCCCAAUAUCCACCAACAAAUUGUCCAAACUGGUCUCUACAUUUUGUAUACAUUUGCAUAGAGAAUAAGUAGAGAGAAUUUUACUAAAAGAUCCAAGCGUUUUCCUCUAGGUAAUAAUUCCAUUAAUUCUCACCAAUUUUUCUCUUGAUUGUGUAUGGAUGUCGUUUUGAGAAAAUUGACGUUUGUCACCCGUGGGAGUUAUAAGGUAACUGAAAAAAAAUAAGGAGCUCAGGUUUUUUAAUGCAAUGUAAAAUAAAUCAAAGAACCCCCUGAUCAUGGAUGAUUGACAUCUUUAGACUAGUUCUAGCAGAACUGAAGCUCAUUUCUGUUUCGUGACAAUUAUUGUUGUUUGUUGGGUGCUGUCAAUACAGGAAUGAGACCUAGCUUUAUCAGACAAAAAAAUUACUUACAGAGUGUAACCAGUGGUACUCCUGGGAAUUUUUGGUGGGGGUACUGUAUGCCGCCCAGUUCUCCAAAUCCUGACCCUAUUUCAGAACAAAAAAUGUCAUUUCCCAAGCCAAUUUUCAGACUUGGCCUAUGUUUACAUAGGCAGAAUUAGCUAUGUUAUCUUUAUUUAGAUUGGAAUGCCAACAAAUUAAACAGAUUUCUUAAAAUCCAUUUUGAAUUUGCAUAUUUAUCUUUCUUUCUUAUUUAUUUGGAAUUGAAAUGAUAAAUACGUUCAUACACUCCCGUAGUUCUCUCGAAAAACAUAUCCGAUUCCAGACCAAAAUGAGCAAAGUCUCUGCCCGUUUUCAGACCAAAACGGCACAAAAACCCUACCCUUUGGGGAGGGGGCACGUACCUACCUUCCCCGGGAACUUAGUCUUUUGACAUUGCAUCAAUUUUUAUAGGAGUGGGGGAAAUUGUCAAGUUAAGUCUAUGUUACAUGAACCUUGAGCAUUAAUUUGUGUCUAUCUGUAAAACAGGUUGAAUACGGACAGUUAACUGACUCUGUUUGUCAGCCGUGUGUAGAAUAAUUUAUUUUUUUCAUUUUCCCCAUGUCAAUCAUCUUAUUUGUUUGACUUUAGGAGAGAGUAAUAAUGCAUUGGAGAUACCAACAUGUGCAUCAGUUUGCACUGGUGACGUGAUCAGUUUGACAGUGCAGAAUGCCAGACAGGAAAAGGUUUAUUAGUUAUUCUUCUUUUAAAUAUUCAUAUAUCUGACAAAAUUUGCCUCUAGAAAUCACCCUCACAACCCUCUAUCGACUCUGAUUUACCAUUUUUGUUUUUACUUUAUUUUGUUUUUGGUUUUCGAUAACUUUGUCUCACUAAUGUUUUUUUCUUAUAAUCUGUAGAAAAAGACAAUCGUUGAAUUUUAAACUGUAUCAAACCCAAGUUCGGGGCGCGGGGGGGCGGUGGGGCGUGCCCUUAUUUGGCCUGAAAUUUUCAGGGUAUGUGCUACUGAACAGGGUGGCACUCAGGGUCUUAAGUCUUAAACGGGACAUACAGUUUUACUAUUCAGAGCUCUUAAACACGGCUUCUUUUUGGGUCAGAAUCCUUUAAAAGGGGGGUGAAGUUUAGCAAUGGCCGGUCGACAUUUGUGGUACCAACUUUUUUUGUUUCAAAUAAUAUAUUUCCAUGAUGUUAGUUUGAAAAAUUGUUUAUUUAUUCUGUAUGAAAAACGAUGAGUCAGGCUCAUAAAAUCAGGUCUCCUGUCUUAAACAGGGUCAUGUUUUGAAGGCCUUGGCAGAAUUACACCUCCAUCCAAACUUUCCUUGAGUGCCUCCCCCGAGGUCUAAACUCAGUACCUGUCCCCUUCCCAAGCCUCCUUAUAGGCGAAUCUCUGCUGACGUCAUUGUUUACUUAUUUCCUCAUCAGCAUAAGACUUAACUCAUAGAAGAAGAGGCCGUAUAUACGAACUAAAUUCAAAAGUUGAAAGAGCUGAUUAAGUUGAGCAAAGCUAUAUUGAAGGAAAUAUUAGCCAUCAAAAACUGCGAAAUGCUGGGUGGCAAAAAAAGUCAAUGAACCAUACAUUCUCUGUAAAAACUUCGAUUUUUAGAGAAUAUUUCUCCGAAACCAUUCGGUGUAUUGGGCUCCAAUUUUCAGAAAUAACUGAAACUGUUAUGCCCUUUCAAUAUUCAGAGUUUAUAUUUUAUUAGCGUCAUCAGAUAGUGAUUAGCAUAUGUUAAUGAGGCAAAAAGUGUCAACAAAGAUUCGCGUAUACCACCAUGGCCAUCACAAAGAUUUUCAUUCCUUUUCCAUUACUCCCCAAGUCGCAACACUAAUUUUUGAAGGAUCUGCAUCGUCCAAUGAUUUCUUACCGUAUUCGUGUUUUCUUUGGUUAGAUGCAACGUUAAUAAUGUGCAAACAGAAACGGCAAGGCAAUACAAUGAGUAUUAUAUUGUAAGGCUAUUUAAAAUAGUGGAAAAAUUGACCCUGUGUCAAUAUCAUUUGCAACCGUCACAAAAAACUCUUUCUGUUUUUACAGGUUUUUCUCUGUGUAGAUGCUGAUGGAAAUAAAUUUAUUGUAAAAGCAGUUAAUGGAAGCAAAGGACCGUGGAACACUAAAGAGGUAAAUUUAUUUGGUAGAGCAGAGUAUUUGAGUUUCCAUACUAGAAGAGGUCUACUUCUAAUCUGGAGUCAGUCUGUUUUCUAGUCACCGUGCCUCUAGCCAAAACAUAGGACAGAAAACUUUCACCCCCAUUUCCGCUUUUCUGAAACCAUGUGCAAUAUUUUCUUUCUGCUUUGAAAAGAGUAUGUAUUCGCAGGCUACGAUUUGGCGGGCAGGUUUGGGUGUGUUUGGAAAACUGUGGGUAGGUUCGGGAACCUAGCCACUCCCCAAAAAUCACUUUACUGAAAGAUUAUAACCCAGAAAAACAUUUUGCUCCAUUUUCACGCCUCAAUUUAUCUUUACAUAUUUCUGACACUUUUUUUCCGUGUAUAUAUCACCAAUUCAUGCUAAUUUUCUUCGCAUUUGAUAAUGAUGACAUGGAGUCAUCGAGACGUCGUGUUACUUUUUUUAUCGCUGAUUUUUCUUUUGAAAUGUAUGUAAAAUUCGAUCGUUAUCAAAACAAAUGGGCUUUGGUUUAAUGAGGGGAUGGUAUGAUAAUUGACGCUCUUGGUUUAUUGAAAGUGCCCUAUUUUGGAUAAUUUAAACGGGCCCUCUCUUGUGGCUGGAAAUGAAGCAUUUGCGUCUUACUUUCAUCCUUUUUAUCGUUGAUUUUUCUUUUGAAAUGUAUGUAAAAUUCGAUCGUUAUCAAAACAAAUGGGCUUUGGUUUAAUGAGGGGAUGGUAUGAUAAUUGACGCUCUUGGUUUAUUGAAAGUGCCCUAUUUUGGAUAAUUUAAACGGGCCCUCUCUUGUGGCUGGAAAUGAAGCAUUUGCGUCUUACUUUCAUCCUUUUUGGCUUUAAAUUUCCUUAUCACUAAGUCUACUGUAUGUUUUUAGUUUUUUGACAAUGUUCUGCCAUGAUGAUUGGUAAAUAGUAAUUAGAAUUAAAGCCUGUGUUUUAAUUGGCAGAUCCUAAAGAAUGAAGAGUUCCUAGAAAAAGUAGCUUCAGCUGCCUUGGACGUGGGAAAAACAGAAGAGCAGAAACUCCAAGAAAAGUUGAAGCGCUGUUCCUUUGCUGGGAUUGAAGAACUAAAUAAGGAUGUGCAAGACCUUAACAACAAAAUGAAAGUAAAUUACAAUUACAAAUGCGAUGGAGAAACUUGUACAAGGAUUACAAGGCCACCUCCAAAGAAUGCACAGCCAACAUUAGUGCCACUACAAGUUGCAACACAACACCUUCUUUCCUGCGAGGACCACAAAACCUAUUUUGUCGGAAUUUUCAAAGGUCUCAUUAAGUGGAUUGGAGAGGCUGCUCAGCUUGGAGAAGACAACUUCAUGUGUAUUAAACUACUUUGUGACUCCAUAAGGGAAUUCAAAGAUCAGGAAAGGAAAUUUUUCCUUAAAAUUAAGCAGCUUCAAACCAUGAAGCAACAUUUCAAUCACAAGCAAGUCGCUCAAGUUGAAGAAUUAGAGAAGUGGAGGAAGACGCAAAAGAAACACCUUGAUGAAGUCGAAAAGCUGCUCUCAAGCUUCCUUUGUCAGGGGAAAAUUGAAAACAAGAAGGUAUUCAAGGUUAGUAUGGUUAGAAAAAAUGAUGCAAUGCACGAAUAAUUAUUGAUAGUAAAAUCCAACCAGUGGUCUAUUAUCAAUGCUGCAUUCUGAUUGGUUGAGUUACUACUAGGCUAUAUCUUAUAGCCCCCUAGUAGCGAAAAGCGGGGCUUUUUGGCGGCAAAAAAGGAUUUAAGUCUAGCUUUAACUAGCUAAAAGUUUUUUAUUCUCGAUAUUUUUGACCAACUAGUUGGAUUUUACUAAAACAAUUAUUCCUCUCGCCCUCAUGGCCUCUGAGUCAAUAUUCCUCAGAGAUCAUUCGGGCUCGAGGAAUAAUUGUUAAUUAUUUAUCCAUUUGUUCAAAUUUGGCCGAAUCAAAGUGAGUUCUCCACUCGUCGAUCAUAGCCCGCCGCAAACCAUCACAUCACAGUUUAAAACUCUUUUAAACAGGGACGUUAAGAUCUGAUGACGGCGACAACAACGGGGACGUCAAAAAGGCAAUUGUUGUCAGAGUUCGCAAAACAGCAAAACAACAAAUUUGCUCGUUUUAGGGAGGACGUAAACAAGCGACAUCAAAAACUUUCUUUCUCUUUUUGAACUUGAAUAUGGCUCGUAGAAAUUCAACUCAAGGAGAGUUCGCCUACAUUUGACAUAGUAAGUGAGUAGGUAUAAUCAUGAUGAAGGUUGCAGGUUUUAUUCUAGAAAUUGGCCAAUGAGGAUCAAAUGGGCCCCCUUCUGUAAUUUUAGAGGGUCCGGCCUUUUCCAAGAAAGGGGGUCCUUGAAAGGGAGUCCCCCAAAAGGUAUUUGAACUUAUUGUUACAGAAUGUACCAUGAGAGAACGAACGUUUAUUGAAAUCAUCAAGUACUGGACAUGAGGUUAAAAUGACUCUAAUGCUUUAACGUAAAUGGAAAGCUUCUUUGCUACUUAUAUUCUGUUCUUUCAUCCAACAUUAGGAUAAAUAAUUUUGUUUCUUUUAGGCCACAAGUUUUAAGGAAAAAAGUCUCCGUUACUCAUGAUUCAAAUCGUGGCUUUUCUACUCUCCAUGUUCUUUUUCGAACGCCAUACCUGACAGGCAUCAUGAAAAUAAAAUUUGCAUGGGACAAGGGAGGUCCGUCAAUUGAAAUUGUCAUCAAGUUGUCCGAAGAUUCCUCCCCUAAUCUGUUCCUCAGGGCCGUUUUUGUUCAAUUCUGGUCACUGAAACCACAUUCCACAUCUGUUGUUUGAAAAAAAAAAGCACUUAUCCUUGGGUCUAGUUUUUUUUUCUGGCGCCCCACUUGACGCGGCAGCGUAAAUUUUAUGCGGCAUUUUUUUUCCAAAUUGCGGAAAUCCCGCAAGGUCGCGCUCUAGAAUAAAACCUGAGGUUGGUAGACGUCAAAGUCACAUUUUAAGCGACGUUUUCGCCACCGUCGCCGUUUUUGGAUCUUAAGGUCACUAUAGUGCAUUAAGGGAAGACGGGUGAACUUGUAGAGCAGGAAUUCUAAUGAUUUUAGAUUUUCUCUACCUCUCUUUCAGUACUAGAACGUGUUGUCUUUAGUUGAAUACAGAAAAGCUCUAUCAGUUUUAAUUCGGUUUAAAAGUGCCUUAAUUAUUUGUUCAUUGUAUCAAUAUUUUAUUUUUUUUAGAGAAAGCGUAUCAGCAAGUCUCGAAAACGUCACAGUAUAUCUGCACCAUUUUGUCCACAAUAUCUGUCAAAUAUAUGGACAAUGAAACAGGUUUGUCUGACUAUUUCGUUAUUCAUUAUUAUGUUUAGUCGAAGAACGUAGUUAUUAAAAGUGUCAUGUUAUGGUGUACUUUUUUUAAUCGCCACCCUAGCCUGUGCCAGGCUCUCAGAUAGUAUAGUGCGGAUGUAUUAAAACGAGCUGUCUCUCCCCAGCCUCCGCGAGUUUUUCGCAUUUCUUUUUACUCAACGACUUUUCACCACUAUCUCGGGGCCUGGAACAGGCUAUCGCCACCCGUGAGUUUGUGCUUGUAUUCUUAGGGUAGCGAUCCUGGGAGAUGAAUACUUCAAGUAUAAAUCAAAUUAUCACUGACGGAAAAUACCUUGAUCCCGAGUGAACAGAUCCCCCUCAAUCUCUCGAAAGAUAACGCUAAAUUCCUUAAAAGAUUGCGCUUAAAAUCACUGGAAAGAUUGCCCUUUAUCCCUGGAAAGAUGGCGCCAAAUCCCUGGCAAGAUUGCUCUAAUCCCCCGGGAAGAUUGCGCUUAAAAUCUUUGGCAAUAUUACGCUAAGUCCCUGGAAAGUUUGCGCUGAUUCCCUGGAAAUUGGCACUCCUUCUUGCUUACUGGCUUAUUCCAACGUCUGUAUAAGUCCGUCUGUCCGUCCGUAAGGUCAUUUCUAUUGUCCUCGUAGCGCACAGAGUAAUUACCGGGUUCGAUUAUGCCCGCCUUUGCCCCUUUUUUCUUUUUCAUGGUUACUACAGUACAGACUAUUCAUUGCCAGUAAGCACAUGUCCUCUUAGGGGACUAUUACUAUUGUUGCCAUACCUCCAUAUUUGCCCUAGUUCCUUCCUUGCCUUGGUAAAGCAGCUUACCAAAAACUACCAAAAAUGCAACAGUUUUGUCACACUAUGUCUUACCUUUCCUAUUGUGACUUCUUGGAUUUAAAGAUCUGUAAAGGAAUCCCGAGUAAUUGAGGAACAAAAACUGCACCACAUUUAAUAUGGCAGGGUCUUAUUAAGGGGGCAUUCUGGUUGUUUUGGAGGCAAAUGAUGAUGUUAAUUUGAGAAGGAAAGAAAUUAGGGUAGAAAAGGUAUAUAUGUUGCAGUUAAUUUUUUAUUUACGUUAAUUUUUUUUCUUUUGUUUUAAAUUCAUUAGCGUACAUUACGUAACCCAAAAACAAUGGAUAAAUAAAAAUUAACAGGGAUCAUCUCAUCAUCUAACUCAGUAGAGUAACAAAAUACAUAUAAACCAAUUGGUCUGCAAAUGAGUUCAGACUGGCACCUUGUUUUGGUGAUGGACUACCUGGUUUUAUUGUCUGGUGCUAUUGUCUUCGUUAAUCUAUCCUGACUUCGAACUUGACAUUCAAUAAGAUGCAAUAUACCGAACCUUGUUAAUAAAGCAAGAAUCUGAGUAAAUUGAAUGAUGUUGCUCCUUUUUGCUAAUUCCUUGUAUUUUAGAGUAAUUUUUCUAGGGGGGAGGGCCUUCAUAUGACAGAGAGCGUUUGUUAGAAAGAGGCAUCUAAUACAAACUUAAAAUCGUAGAGGGGACGUUUAUAAGACAAGAGGCGUUUAUUUGAGAGGGGGCGUCAAUUAGAUCAUUUACAGUAAUCGCGCAAGAUUCUCGAAACAGUUACACACCUUUUGAAUUAUACUCAAGAAAAAUGUUAUUAGCUUUAUGUGAAUUGUGAUUAGCAUUUUCAUUUUAAUAUUUUUUUAAUCGGUUAAACUACGUCUUAUAUUAACUUGUUGGUUGUCUUCUUUUUAAGUCCUGAGUUCGACCACUUGUUAUGACAAUGUCCGAGUCGGAUAAUGGCACGAGAAGAUUAACACAACAGCUAUCAAGAUGAAGAGUAAGGUGUUAUUGAAGGGGAAAUUGAAUCAUUUAUGAGCACGAUAAAUUGCAAAUUAAACAGCAAAUUUUGAAAUGAUAAAAAGAGUUAAAUGUAGGUGUAAUUGUAAUUGUAGGUGUAGGUUAAUUGUAGUAGUAACUCGCCAGUCAGCAAAUCCCCGUGGAAAGUACAUUAAUCACAAUGUCUAAUGGUCGAAUAGUUCCUCCCACCUCAUAGGUAAAUACCGUAUUUCCUCGAAUAAUAGCCGGAGGCGAUUAUUUCUUUUCUCGUGCCAAAAGAGGGCGAUUAUUCGAGGGAGGCGAUUAUUUUCAGAUUGUUCAAUGGAAGUCAUUCUCAAAAUAUUUUGUUCUAUUUUCCCGUUAAAUAAAAAAUCAUAACAUCAAAGAAACUGAACAUAGGGCUUUUUCAGUGUUCCAAAUUUGGUUCCUUGAUUAAUUUUCAUUGUCAAUAUCCUCGGCGUCGUCACUGAUCAGUUUUGCUGGAUCAGACUCCACUUCAGGUUCAUCCUCCAGAUUUACCGCUAUGGGUAUCGAUGGGUUACGUACAGUGGUGGGAGGGGGCGGUUAUUCGAGGGACGUCUAUUAUUCGAGGAAAUACGUUUAGUUGGUUAAGAUUUUUAUAAUUAUUCUUUACUUUUACAUUUCCUUCACUUACAUGUAAAUAAUUUUGUUGGGAUAUUUACUAUUCAAAACUUGUGAAAUAUUUUUGUUACGACUACAGCCAAUCGGUGGGCUAAAGAGCUGGAGAAUGUUUUGCGUGCAUCCCAGUCUUCCAAGGUGGUCCGAUUUUACAGUGAUUUGAACGAAGUGUUGGUCGGUCUGCACUUAAAAUAAGUGCUAUAGGAUAAUAUAGGUUAUCUAAUGUUUUCUCCUGGCAUACCGUAAAAUAUCCCUAAUUUGCCAGGAUUUUACCACAGGUUAUAUUUGAAUUUUUGUUAUAAACUUUUUACGUUAGCCAGGGUUAAUUGUUUUAUUUAUUUAUUUAUUUAUUUAUUUUGCAUUUUCCAAGAAAUCAAGUCACGAGUGAGAUAUUUUUACUUAUUAAUUUACUUAUAUACGACAGUUUGUAUACAAUUUUUUAUUCAGACUUAUUUGAUCAUUGACUUUGUCACGGUUAAAAUAUUAUGAAACUAUAUUUUUGGUAAGGUGCCGAUUUCUAUUCAAAUGCAAGUCCUUUUUCCAAUCAAAAAUGUUUUGUAGUUCUUAUGGGACAUAAUAAAAAUUCUGCUGUGCAGAUACAAGUAUAUUUUUAGAUAAGAGAAAAAUUUACUCCGAACACAUAUUAAACUCAAGCUAAUAGAAAUUAUAAGUCUUUUAUACCAUAAAGUGAAUUCUAUACCUGCUGUGUUUGACUAUUUUUUACGAUCUGUUCAGAGUACAAAGGGCAGUUGAUGCAUGGUAAAUGUUGUUAUCUCUGUUGUGGUAGACAUGGCAUGCUGUUCAUGCUCGUGUUUUUAUUCCCCUCUAUUUCAUGACGAAAUACUACAAUCAUGGACAAAAAUCUUAUGACACAAUUUUAUUUGUGGGGUUUUUUCCAAUUUCACACAUGCCCAGCCACUCCCCCACCCCACAAACAACGUUGGACGCCUGUAUCCAGAAUUUUUUCCGAGUAUACUACAGCACUGUCCCAAGGACUUUUGUGCAGGAUUGUAGGUUCCACUUUGGUCUGCGAAAAAAGGCGCGGUGCCGAGCGAUGAGGGGCGACACAGGGAACCCGAACGCUGUAUUAGCCAAUAAAAUAAAUAGCAAUUAUUCACCUCAGUGAAUACCACUAGCCACUGACACUGAGGUGAAUAAUUGUUUUAGUAUAUACUAAAACAGGGAGAUAAGCACAAAAAAGAUGAUUAUUAACUCAUUUACUGUUGCCAACGAUUACAAUUUUGGCGCGCAAUGACCGAACGGCCGCUGUCGUCGCUUUUUCUUGCCGACAAAUAAAACUUUUGAAGGCAUUUGUUUAGCUCUUGGGAAAAUUUCUUCAAAAGGAGUUGUGAAUUCUUUUUGUAUUUAAAAUCAUUCUGUAAAAAAGAUUAUCAAAUUUAGUUUUCAGCUUAUUUACGAACAAGUCAACUAAACAAAAUGACGCAAGACUUAAGCUUAAUUUGCAUUUGUAAACAAAAAACUUUUUCACAGGUUUUAUCGAUCAAUUCAAGUCAAAAAGACAAAUCUUUACCUGUUAAAACUUCCAAACCGAACUUCGUCACCUUCUUCGUGUAUUUCGGGAACAGCUUGCUUGAGUAGUUGUGAAAUUUCUUUGUUUGUUUCGGCAGCAAACCGGGAAGGCAUUUUGCUCGCAACUUACGCGAGUUUGGCGUCGCUCGCUCGGAGGAACUGGAGGUGAAUCAGUGAAUAGUGCAGGAUAUUCACUGAUUGAAUAGCCAAUCAGAGCGCGCGAAAACCACUAUUCUCUGUUUUAUGCCAGGGUUCCUCAUAGCUCCCAGGUGCUGAUAAAAAGUUUGUCAUAUCAGACCCAGUGUGUGUUCAGCAGCUGCAUUGUUUGGACUCAGACAAGAAACUCAACAAUAAAAAGGUUUGUAUUUCAUCGUGAUUGUAAGCAGUCUAUUAAGUUUUCCAACCAGCGUAGCAGAUGACUUUGAGCUUGUACAAGAGAGAAUUAUGGACAGAGAGGGAAACGUUUAGAAAUUGGAAUGGUUUCCGGAGAGGUCCGUAAACUUUUUUCAGUUUUUGUCAAGAGAGAAUUCAACAAAUUUUAAAUGAAGGUAUUUUCGUCGCAGUGGUCAUUGCAAUUUAAACAAUUGCAAAUUAACCCGAAAAAAAAAUUUCGGGACUUCAACGGGAUUCGAACCUAUGGCCUCGUGAGUGGAAUGAAGCAAUGAAGAAGAUGCGAACUGCGGAAAUUUUAAAUGAAGAUAUGAUGGUCGCAGUGGUAAUUUGCAAUUUAAGCAAUUGCAAAGUAACCUGAAAAAAAAAAAUCAGAAUUCAACAGGCGCCAUUACAACAUUCUGCAUUGUUUACUGUGAGGCAGUCGCGCGUGGACUUGAUAACGUUUAAAAUAAUCAGUUAAAUAUGCGAACUUCUCGGGAAUUAGACUGCCGUUUAAUUAUAACCUCCAAAAAUAACGUAGGUGAAAUUCACAAAUCCGGUCCAAUGCCCUAAGAUUCUCCCUCUGUCCCCUUGUAAGCCCUUUUCUGGCUUGUAGUAAUCCCUCGUUUUGACCCCGUUUCUGCCUUUUGCCACAAGGAACAGUUACUUACAAUAGUAACAACAACAAGCAGCCUAAAGACAUUGACCUUUUGGUUGAAAUAAGGUCUGAGUGUGAUCUUCUUACCAGGGUUUAGCUCCAGGGGGGUACAUCCUAUAAUGGCCUAGAAGGGGUAAAAUUUUUCAGGCUUCAGGUAUAUGAAAGGGUGCUAGGGAUUUCGCUAGCUGAAGUAUAUAAAAAAUAAAAAAUGAUGAGAAAUUUAAAUAAAGUGUAUGAAAUCGUGGGGAAGUCUGUGAUUUUGGUCUAUAAAAAGCUCCAGAAGGGCUAACAGAUGCACUUUAUGACUAAGAAGAAGUCGAGAAAACGAGUGUUUAUUUUUUCUCUUAUGCUUACGUUUAGAUUGAUUAACACUCAAGAAAUUCGCAUAGCUUGAAAUCUUCUGUGAAGUCGUUUACUAUUUCGUGCUUGAUAUGUGCUAUAAACCUAAGAAAAAGUGGAGAAAACGUGUAUUUAUUACUUUAUACCACUACAUGAGAAAUUUCUGCAAUUUGAUUGGCUUAGAGCAGUAGCAUUUCAGCUUAAUUUGAAACGUUGCUCAAAAGUUACCAAGCACAAUCUAGCCUGCAAGCAAGCUCUCCUAUUUGGGCAAGCGAAGUCAGCCUCGCGAGAACGCGCGAGAGAGGGGCCGAGGAAAGCCCCUCGCGGCUUCGCCGCUCGCUCACGCGUUCUCGCGAGACUCGCUUCACUCGCCCAAAUAGGAGAGCUUGCUCGCAAGUUGCCUGCGUGCAGACGUCUCCGCGUGCAACAAAGGAAAUAGGAGACGUCUGCACGCAGGCAAGCUCGCAAGCUUAGCACAAUCGGGACACGCCUACUUCUGUCAAAAAUGAAUAUAACAGGGUAAGGGAGUGGAGCCUUCCCUGGGGGUGUUUGCAUAUCAAACUGAAACCCUUUGCUAGUGUAGAACCACUGCCCGGUUGACCUCAGUUGGAAGAGCGCCAGUCUGCCGAGCAGGAGGUCGCGGGUUUAACCCUCAGCCAGACCAUCUUCAGGAAACUGGCAAGAUCAUGCUGGCUGCGAUGUACUAUUCAAAAUGGGUCGGGAACGUAGAACCCGGUGGUGUGGUCUGUCCUUCUCAGUGGGAACGGGCUCUCAUAGUCGUCAUGUUGGUUUUCACAUGA